AUUGCAAGCCUACUGUAUUUAUGCUGCAGAGUGGGGCGUGUGACGUCAACGAAUGCUGGAGCGGCUCCUUCGCUCGAGCGAGAAAUGGGGAGAAAAUUGCAAGGGCCAAAGGUAAUGGUGAGGCAGAAGUAACGGUGACAAGAGGAACAAAACGACAACCUAAGAAGAUUCUGAAUCUGUGUGUGUGUGUCAGACUUCCAGUAUGUGUGAUGGCGUGAAUGGCCUUUGGUCGUCUUCUCGCCUCCCUCAGACAUCCCUCUUCCUUCUCGCCCUCAUCUAACUCCCACCGCCACCCUCAUCUCACCGCCCCCAUUUUUGUACCAUGAGAGGAUCCGCCCAGUACUCGGUGAGUAGUAAGCCCGCGGCGUAUCGGCGCCGCUGAGUGCUGUGCCGCGUGAGGGCCCCCCCGGCCUCUCGCGGAAUGGCUUCUCUGGACCUGCCCUACCGCUGUCCUCGUUGCGGGGAGCACAAGCGCUUCCGGUCGCUGUCCUCCCUCCGCGCUCAUCUGGAGUACAACCAUACCUACGAGACGCUCUACGUGCUCUCCAAGUCCAACAGCGUGUGCGACGCAGCAGCCCUACUCCCCCUGGUGGCCGACGGAGACCUUCUCCUCGCUCCUUCUGUCCCCGGCAUUAACCGCAGCAACAACAUUAACGACCCCUUCGACGGUCUUCAACUCCGGCCUUCUGCCUUCAGGGACUUCAAGGAGCGCCGCUUCCCGUGCCGCGAGCUUCCCUGCCCGGACGACCUCGGCGGUUUAUCCACAAAUUCCAACGCCGCGGCUCGCUACAUCCCCAAUGUAGAGUUCCCCCUGGGGGAGAUCUUUGUGAAGAAAGCCAUGAGCGCAGCCGGGGACCCCCGCGGUUCCCACGGCAACCAAAGCACGGCCGUGGCAGUGGCGGCGAAUGUGGCUGCGAGCGCGGUGGAGGCAGCCUAUGAGGAGGGCUUGGCCAGGCUGAAGGCGAGAGCCUUUGAGCGUCUGGAGCUGGACGAGAGGCUGGAGAAACUCUCAGAGGAGGUGGAGCAGAAGAUAGCUGUACGCGUGGGCCGGCUGCAGGCGGAGCUGGAGAGGAAGAGCGGCGAGCUGGAGCGGGCCAAGCAUGAGAGCGAGCGGCUGGGCCAGGAGAAACAGGACCUGGAGGACAAGGCGUCGGAGCUCUCCCGCCAGGUGGACGUUUCGGUAGAGAUGCUGGCCAACCUCAAGCAGGACCUGGUCAGCAAGGAGGAGGAGCUUACACACAAACAACAGGAGGUAACCCAGAUAGACCAGUUCCUCCAGGAGACGGCGGCGCGCGAGGCCAACGCCAAGGUGCGCCUGCAGCAGUUCAUCGAGGAGCUCUUGGACCGUGCCGACCGCGCCGAGAAACAGCUGCAGAUCAUCAGCAGCUGCGGGACCACGCCCAACGGCAGCAUGGGACGCUGCAGCCUGCCCGGCUCCAACAAGGGCUCCAACAAUGGACGCCAGAGGAACUCCAGCGUCUCGGGGACGUCCAGGGGCAUGUACCAGGUCUCUGACCGACGAUCCUCUCCCAGCACCGGAGCGUCGGGCCGGGUCAAGUCCUUCUCCCAGGGCUCGGGCGGGGGCUACGACAGCGGCGACAGCGUGGAGAUGCACCCCAUGGAAGAGUGCCCCGAGGGCCAGUACUACCACGUCCAGUGUCGGCUGGGGGAAGGGGGCGGACAGUGCUACGAGAGGGCCGGGGUGUCCCGGAGCUGGGGGCUCCGCAAGCAGGCCAUCCAGAACUGGCAGCGGAGACCCUACCGGAACAGCACGGAGGAGGGGGAGGAGGGCGAGGAGGGCGACGUGUCGGACGUGGGCUCUAGGACUACCGAGUCGGAGGUGGAGAUGUGGGAGCAGCAGGAGAGGAGGGCCACCAUGGCCGAGACGCAGCAGUCUGGAGCGCCGAGAUCAUCUGGAUACCGCCUAGGCACAGGGAGGUCGGAGGGGGUCCACCGCCACAACAAGCCGUGUCGCCACGACAGGAGCCUGUCCCGGUCCAACAACGAGGUGAUCAGCCCGGAGAUACUGAAGAUGAGGGCGGCUCUGUUCUGCAUCUUCACCUACCUGGACACCAAGACCCUGUUGAGGGCCGCGGAGGUCUGCAGGGACUGGAGGUUUGUGGGCCGCCACCCUGCCGUGUGGACCCGGGUGCUGCUGGAGAACGCCCGCAUCUCCUCCAAGUUCCUGAGUACACUGUCCCAGUGGUGCACCCAGACCCAUUCCCUCAUCCUCCAGAACCUGAAACCACGACAGAGGGGCAAGAAGGAGGUCAAGGAGGAGUACCUCAAGAGCACACGGGGUUGUCUGGAAGAGGGUCUGGAGUCCUUGCUGAAGGCUACAGGAGGGAACCUAUUGAUCCUCAAGGUGUCUCAUUGUCCCAACCUGCUAACUGACCGCUCCCUGUGGCUCGCCAGCUGCUACUGCCGAGCCCUGCAGGCCGUCACAUACAGGAGUGCCACAGACCCUGUAGGACAGGAGGUGAUCUGGGCUCUAGGAGCCGGCUGUAGAGACAUCAUCUCCCUCCAGGUGGCACCACUACAUCCAUGCCAACAACCGGCUCGCUUCAGCAACCGAUGCCUGCAGACCAUUGGCCGAUGCUGGCCGCACCUCAGAGCCCUGGGCGUGGGCGGGGCAGGAUGUGGCAUUCAGGGACUAGCCUCGUUGGCGAGGAACUGCAUGCGUUUGCAGGUGUUGGAGCUGGACCAUGUGAGUGAGGUCAACCAGGAAGUGGCAGCUGAGGUGUGCAGGGAGGGUCUGAAGGGCCUGGAGAUGCUGGUCCUCACCUCCACCCCGGUCACCCCUAAGGCCCUGCUUCACUUCAACAGUGUGUGUCGUAACCUGAAGUCCAUGGUGGUGCAGAUCGGGGUGGAGGACUACUUCGAGGACCCCAGCAGCCCUGAGGCUCGGAAGCUGUUUGACGAGAUGGUGAACAAGCUGCAGGGCUUGAAGAAGAGACCGGGCUUCUCCAAAAUUCUGCACGUGAAGGCGGACAUCCUCUGCUAACCCCUUUCACCACUCAGGACCCCCCCCCCCAAAGAAGGGUCGGCCAUUUUGUUUCCAGCCACACCAACAGAAGAGACCCUGUCAUUUGAAACCCCUUGACGUACCAGUCAGCCAACACACACAACUGAAGAGGAAAUGCAGCAACUGUUGGAGAAAGUGGAAGUUGAUGAACAUGCUGCUUUUUAGUUAAAAAUAAAAACCAAUGUGUUUUCGGCCCUUAGCCUCGACUAAAAAAGACAGACACAGACACCACAGACAGAUAGAUGCUCCAUAGACCAUUACAAUGCAUUACGGAACAGAGGAUAGACAAGACAAGAGGCCUGGGUAGGAUAGGUCCACACCUUACCCUGGAGCAUACAAACCCAGUGGAGAUUUUCAUGAAGGGACCAUGCCCUCCUUUACCAUAGAUAUGUACGAGAGCUCAUGGGCAGCAACAUUGAGGGCUAACUCCAUUUUAAAGUAUUACAUUUUGUGUGUCCUCUAUCCAACUUUAUGGUGGGGUAAAGUGUGGUAAAGACAUCAUCCGGCAGGUAACAAGACCAGGGAACCGUAAGUUUCCGCAAAAGCAUACAGGGACCCUGCCUGUGAGAGAUUUGAAACGUAAACUCAGCAGGACUAUUGGACUUUGUAGAUGCUGUAAUCUCGGCGGCCAUUUUGAUUUCAACUGAGAAAAGAGCUGUAAGCAGGAGGACAGAUGUCAUGAAAGAGCAGGCUCUCGUUCUUCACUGAGAGCAUUGCGUCUGGGAUGCUUUUUAUCAAGAUGCUAAACCGUUAGUUAAAAUAGAUUCCCAACCUGUGUGUGUGUGUGUUUUAAGGGAGGGAUACAUGACACACCAGCUGCAGACUUGGUCGAACAUAAAACGAGAAGAUAUCUUGUCACCUCGAGAACAUUUUUAUUCCAAGUUCUUUAUCGGCCUAUCAGCCACUCCGUGGUGCGGUCGCCAUGGGAACAGCGCAGUAUUGAACACUAGGUCCAUCCUCCGCAUGCUCAUCAGCCGAGCACCAUCUCUCGCACACUCUUGGAUUUUACAGCUGUCAAUUAAUUUUGUCUGUGGGACUCAUACGGUAUCUAUAGGCCGGUUGGUCCACAAGGCAGCUACUGUGUUAUUUGUUUUUAAGCAGGGUUGCAAAUGAAUUCAUUAGGCCUCUAUUUCAGAAUUGAUGCCAUUCACAGCCGGGUGUCUGUUCUCUCUUCAUUUCGUAAAAUGCUUUCUCCAGUGUGCCACUGAUCUAUAGGAGUGUUGUAAAAGGCAGGCGUUAACCCUAUACUAGCCACUAGCUCUGUAAGCUGCAGUGAAUUACAUGCAUAAGCUGCAUCCCAAAUGCACCCUAUUCCCUAUGUAGUGUAAUACGUUUAGCCAGGGCUCAUAAGGCUCUGGUCAAAAGUAGUGCGCGGAAUAGGGUGCCAGUUGAGAAACGGCUAUAGCCUACAUCCAGUGCACGCAAAAGCACAACUUCCGUGAGCGAAAAGAGUUGCUGAUUGUUGAUUGACACGAUGCAAUUUCUAUGUUAACUGGCUAUAAACAUAAUGUAUAAUACAUGAAUAUAUGUUACAGCCGUUUAUUAUGAUAUAUAUAUAUAUAUACGCUGUUGUAUUUACAGCCAGUACACCGGAAGGGCUUUUAAUUGUCCACCAAUUACAUAGAGUUGGAUAGAGGGCACAUAUUUGCCUCUUUUGCCCACAACGACUUCAUAAGUGUGCCCUCUAUCCAACUUUAUGGCCAGUUGCAAUUUGUUCGAUGUCAUAGAUCAGCUGAUUCUCUGGAGCCCUCUGCUGAGCAGGAUGACUCGUGCAACGACACACAGCUGGUGGAGAGGUAGGAAGUGUCCCCGGAUGCCUCCCAAAUGGCUCUGGUCAAAGGUAGUGCACUAUAUUGGGAAUAGGGUGACAUUUGGGAUGCAGCGUUGAUCUCAAUUUGCCUCAAAGUCCUCUUGUUUCUUCACCUGCACUGAUUGCCUUGUCAAGUGAAAGCAAAAUGGUGGAAGCUCCUAGUUAGGCUAUCUUACGCCUGACCCGUUAUUUUUCGCUCAGUGCAAUGAUGGGAGAAGAGGACAGCAUUAGCCUGUAUGGAUCCACUCGCAAUACUGUACCGUUAAUGCAUUUAAGCAAGUCGUCGAGCUCAGGCAACAAUGCACGCCGACCCAAACCAUGCAACACCCCAGGGAGGCAUCUCAAGUCUAAUGUGGACUCCUUCUGACAGAAGACAACAGUUGGAAGCUGAUCCUCUGGUAGGCUUUGACUUAUCCUUUGUUUUUUUUAGGCUGUGCUCCAAAUGGCACCCUUUUCCCCUGUAUAGUGAACUGCUGUAAGUUAGACCAGGGCCCAUAGGGCUCCGGUCAAAAGUAGUGCUCUAUAUAGGGAGUGGGGUGCCAUUCUGGGAUUCAACUUUAGGGGGUUUUCAGUUCCUGACAAUCUUGUCUUCUUUAAGACAUUAAACACUGUACAUAAUGUUGUUUAUAAUAUAAAAAGAUUACUGCAUUUGGUGUUCUAAAAAAUGAAGGUCAUACGUAUAAGUAUCGAAAUGACGAAAACAGACAAAUAUUAAGAGUCUACAGGUGUCCAUUCUGUGAGGUUUUUUUUCUCCAAAGUCGAAAGGAAAGAUGCUACGACAGUGGUAAGAAAAAGCAUGUGAACCCUUUGGAAAUACCUGGAUUUCUGCAUAAAUUGGUCAUCAAAUGUC